AAAUCAUGAAAUGUGAAAUAUCAACGCAGACACCAUUAAAAAUGCAUCGUGCAGUCCAAUACGAUCCGACGAGCUAUUGCUAAGAAUAUCACGGAUAGUGUCAGACUGAUCUCAGUAAAGUCGUAUAAAUUCUACUUGUGUUAUUUAUAAAUAAAUGUUGUGAUUUUCGUCAAGUCGAAAUGUGACAAGUGACCUGGUUAAGGUUAAUAAGUGUAUUUAAAGGAUUCAGGUUUUCGUGAACGUGUUGAGACAAUGGUGUAUCGAUUAUUUUGCGCUAACGAAAUGUCAUCCCGGUGUCGUAGUGUUAAUAUUAGAAACCUAUGUGGACACGAUUACUAUUGUCUAGGUAGCUCUUGCUAUCUACGCGUUUAAUAUUGAGCUAGCGGCUAUUCGAUUUAGAUUGUUGCAACAGAGAAGAUAAGGUGUCUAAAAUUAAGAAUACCAGUGAAUAUAGACAAGUGAGCCACCAUGGCGAGCGGCACGCGCGACGGCGUAAGUACUCGCUUUUCGGAUAAUUACGAUCUUAAAGAAGAACUUGGGAAGGGAGCUUUCUCUAUCGUCAGAAGGGCUGUGCAAAAGUCUACUGGCUACGAAUUUGCAGCCAAGAUCAUCAACACCAAGAAGCUAUCCGCUAGAGACUUCCAAAAACUAGAAAGAGAAGCAAGGAUCUGCCGAAAGCUACAACAUCCAAACAUCGUUCGCCUGCAUGAUUCGAUUCAAGAGGAACAUUUUCACUACCUCGUUUUUGAUUUAGUGACUGGCGGAGAACUAUUCGAAGAUAUCGUAGCUCGUGAAUUCUAUUCUGAAGCUGAUGCCUCUCACUGCAUUCAACAAAUUUUAGAAUCAGUACACCACUGCCACCAUAAUGGAGUCGUACAUAGGGAUUUGAAACCUGAAAACUUACUUCUAGCCAGUAAGGCUAAGGGAGCUGCAGUUAAACUAGCAGAUUUUGGGUUGGCUAUUGAAGUGCAAGGAGAACAGCAGGCCUGGUUUGGAUUUGCUGGAACACCAGGCUACCUGUCCCCAGAAGUCCUCAAAAAAGAGCCUUACGGUAAGCCAGUAGAUAUUUGGGCUUGUGGAGUUAUUUUGUACAUUUUGCUGGUAGGUUAUCCACCAUUUUGGGAUGAAGAUCAACACCGACUGUACGGUCAGAUUAAAGCUGGGGCGUAUGAUUAUCCUUCUCCUGAGUGGGACACAGUUACACCGGAGGCAAAAAGUCUCAUCAACCAGAUGCUUACUGUAAACCCCAGCAAGAGGAUUACAGCUUCUGAAGCUUUAAAGCACCCAUGGAUCUGCCACCGCGAGCGUGUGGCAUCGGUGAUGCACAGGCAGGAGACUGUGGACUGCUUGAAGAAGUUCAAUGCCCGGCGCAAGCUGAAAGGUGCUAUAUUAACCACAAUGUUAGCUACCAGAAACUUCUCUGGAAAAUCCAUGGUUAAUAAAAAGAGUGAUGGAUCUCAAGUGAAAGAGUCAACUGAUAGCAGCACCACAUUGGAGGAUGACGACAUUGACAAAGACAAAAAGGGUGUUGAUAGAGCAUGUACUGUGAUAUCUAAAGAUCAUGACGAUGAUGCUUUGACUAAAGCAGAUUCGUUUGGAAAAACAAGAGGAGAUAGUACUGCCUCUCUGCGACGCGCAGAAGUGAUAAAAGUUACUGAAGUACUUAUUGAUGCUAUUAAUAACGGCGAUUAUGAAACAUAUUCAAAACUGUGUGAUCCCAACGUAACUGCGUUUGAUCCUGAUGCCCUGGGAAAUCUUAUAGAGGGUGUAGAAUUCCAUAAAUUCUUUAUAGAUAAUACGGCUACUAAUGUGAAGACUAACACUACUAUAUUGAACCCAAGGGUGCAUCUUCUGGGGGAUGAUGUUGCUGUUAUAGCGUACGUAUGCGUCACACAAAGUGUGGAAACUGACGGCCGACGAGCCACUCAGCAGUCGCAGGAGACACGCAUAUGGCACAAACGUCACAACAAGUGGACGGCAGUGCACUUCCAUCGCUCCUAACUAGUCCCCAACCAGCCGAGCCACUCGACCUAUACUCCAGGUGUAAAUGGCCUCGUUAACCAAAUUAUUUGUAAUGGUGGAGCCGUUGCCACCACUGUUACUAAUCAGAGCAUUGAAUGAGUACUGUGUAGAUCUAUUAAAUUGGUAGGUACCUCUCUCCGGGCGCCGAUCAGAUAUUUCUUUAAAGUAAUAUCCAAUGCAGCUAUGAAUAUUACACGAAUUUUACUAAUAAAUCUUUGUAAUCUCAAAAGUAAGUUACUUACGUAUAUACCUAGGUAAAUGUUAUCUACACCAGUAAAUAAGCAUUUCAAAAUCAAUUUUCCUAGUCCAUGGAUUUAAUCAAUACCGAUUUAAUUUGCAUGAUAACAUCACAAUGCGGCUAGUGGUAGGUAUUUUACGGCAAAAAUAAAAUGUUACGAUGUACCUAGUGGAAUAAAAAAUCGAUCUGAUCUCGGCCACUAUCGAAUGUCAACGAAAUUUGAAGGCAAGAUGUUUAAAAUCAAACCUAAAUCUCAAUAUCCUGGAUCUGAACGAUUAAUGUGUAUUAAAUUCAUAAAACUUCUCAACAUUUAGAAAAUUUAGCACAUUUUUCAGUAAGUCUCUCUACAAUUUUAACUAUUAAUGUUUUGUCGUGCUUAAACAUGGUGUUCUAAUUGUUAUCAAAUACCUAGUUAGUAAGAAUAAAAAGUAUAUGUAUAAAUUUAUGAUACAGUUAUUGGCACUAUAAUUAAAAUUAUUGAAUAUUUCAAGUUAAUUGUUUAAAUAUAUUGAAUUUACAAUUAUCGAUAGAAUAUUAUAUAAAGGAAUUACUUAUAAUAUUGUGUUAGAUUUUCUUGGUCUAGUACCUAUUUAAUACUUAUUAUCGUGUGCAUGUAAAACGAAGUAUAAUUGAUAAUGAUGCAAAUUGAUUUUAAGUAUUUUUAAGUGGAAUUAAUAUCAAUUUUGUCAAUUUUAGAGUUUAGAUUCGUUACAUAUUUUUUGGGUGUCACCAUUUUAGGUUCCUCCGUAAAUUACGGAGGUAUUAGCUUAUCCUAAUGAUGAUAUGAUUUGCAUCCACACACCUACAAUGUGAAUCCUACAUAUAGGUACUUGUUUCUGUUUCGAUAAUUUUGGGUACUUAGCUAUAGUGAUAGAAGUGAUAACUGUGCAAGAGAAUAUGGUCUGAAAUUGUUGAUCCUUAAAUGUGGUUUUAAUCAGGAGCUUGUUCAACGGUGAUAUUUUCAUAAUUGUAAACUUUUUUGCACAGUUUCACUUAAGAAAUGUGCUUUAAUGGUUCGAUCUAAAUCUGUAAGUCUGCUAUUGAUUCAGUAUUUCCUAGGAGUACAUAAAUAUUAGAAAUACUUAACUAACAUUUUCUAAUCAUGUUUCUACAAUUUUGUAAAUGAUUAAAUACCUACUUUAGUAAAUAGUAAGCAGCACUUAAUUUAACACGACGAGUUGGAAUUGUAAUUAUAAAAAUCAAUGCAUAAUAGGUAUUACAUAAUAUAUACUUUAAAUUUAAUUAUUAGAUUCGUAGUACCUUCACUGUUUAAAGUACCUACAUAGUCGUGCCAUUAUAAGUGACUUUAGUGCCAAUAACUGUAAGAGCUAAAGAUGUAUUCUAGUCUUUAUUGUUACGCAUAUUUAGUAUUUAAUCAAUGUUUUAAAUUAAUUUUCAGUAUAUACCAUAGAUACCUUCUGUAAAUAGGAACAGUUUUCCCAAAGUAUUUAUUUUAUGCGGUUAACGGUUUCUUUUUUCAAAAUAUUUAAAAAAUUGUUAUACAGUGUCAAGAAAUUUAUUUUAUUAUUUUGUAGGGAUUAUUAUAUUGGUUACAAAACUGUACUUACUUACCUUUUAAAAUAUUAAUUUUAGAGCUGAAUUAGCCAAAUAUUUCUAGCUAAAGGUUAACCUAGAAUAACUAGUGGGUGCCUGCCAUCCACCGAGCCGAUCUCAGCUCUUUAUAUAUAUUUAUUAUUACUUAUUAACAUCUAACAUCACACUGUAGUUCUAGCGUGUGUUGGAUUGAAUAUAUUAUAAUCAAAAUUGUUUGUAUGUCAGUGUUGGCUUUUGUAUUACCUACCGUUUCUAUCUUUAUGCCUUAAUUAGCCUAACUGAAUGGUGAAAUUACAUAAAAUUGUAUAAGUUGUUUUGAUUCUACGCUCACUAAUCCAUUCGCUUUAAUUUACAAGUCUAUAUUUAAUUUAACUGUUUAGAUAUUAGCUCCAUAAACCUAGUUGUAUUACCUGUGUAGGUACUUUCUAACCAAUACCUACCUAUAGUAUGAAGAUGUUGGUGCCAUUAUGUGAAUCGCCAUUGCAACUACAGUUGAAACAAGCACAAACUUACCAUGACUUCGUAUUUAUAUCUUCCAACCCCAUCCGAGUUAUUAUCUUAGUUGAAAAACAUGUUUGCAUUGUCUUCCCUUAACCGUUUUCCAUUAAGGGAUGCCAUUAUAUAAAAGAAUCUCGCUUAAAUUUUAUCUACCUACAUAAAAUUACAAUUAAAAUUAACCGUCAUCAAAUUCUAAAUAAUAUUGCACUUUUACUUAUUCAGUAAGUACCUUUUAUGCAUGCAAUUUCUCACAGGCUUUUGUAAUAUUUAUGGGAAUUUAUAAAAUACAUUUUCAGAAUUGUAUUGGCUGCUUUUUAUCAAAUAUUUAAAUCCAUUACUUAAAUUCUUUAUUAAAUAAUAAAGGAAAACAGUAAGUACCUAACAAGAUUUUCAAAAAUAAUUUACAUGUGAACGUUUAAAUAUAAAAGCUCCAGUAAGUACCAGUUAUAAGAGUUGUUAUGUUAAUCUCAUUAUUUAUUCAUGGUUUUUAAACUGAUAGUUUUUUUGUCUUGGGUGCAGUGCAAUUUAAAUUAAUUUAAUUACAUAAUUACCUACAUACAUAGAAAUAGAAACUACAUAUUAUUAUAAGUACCUACCCAUUAAUAAUUGUUUACUAAUGUUGUAACUUGUUUAUCUAGUAAAACCAUUCACAGCUUAAUGUUAUGAAGUUAUGACUUAUGUAUGUGCUUUAUGAAAGGUAAUAGGUAUAUUCAGUUAUUAAGGGGCAGCACACUAAGGUUCUACCUACCUGACUACUUAUAUAUACAUUCGUUAUAUUCAUUGUACCUAGACCCUAGCAAAUAUUUUUACUUUGUUAAAAUACAGUUGUGGGUUUUAUAGGUGGUUGCAUGUGUUAAUUAUCAUAAAAUGUCAAGUGUGAAUGGAUUUGCUGUGCUAAAUAAUAAUUAGAUUGAAUAUUUCUCAUUACUUAUCUGAAUUUGGCCAUUCAGCUAGAGUUUGUAAAUGUAACUAUUUGAAUAUUAAUAUACCUAUUGUACUAAUUAAUAAUAAAUACUGUGUUGAUUGUGAUUCAUUGAAAAAUAGGGUUUGGUAUUGUUUCAACGCCCAAUAUCACCAUUGUACGGGAGUUAUUACUAGGGUGUAUAUUGAGCGAAUUUAUAAUAGUCAGAAUUACAGUAACUAUUGCACCCUUAGAUAGCGCAAGUGAGAUUAUUUGUAUUAUUUAAUCUUUGGGGUAGUUACACCAAAGUAUUUAUUGUAUUUAUGUAUUUCUUCUUUAUAAUGCACCAAAUAUUUCAUUGAGGACUUUAUUAUAAAAACUAUAUUUGUAGCAUAAUUUCCUAUUGUGCAAGUGUAGGUGUAUUAAAAUUGUCAGUAUAUUUGUAUUAAACAUAAUUUCUCAAACCUCUGCAUUGCCGAUUAUCAUGUAAAAUUCUCUAAAAUAAAGUUCUUUUGAUCUAAAAA